UCCGGACCACCCCUUAUUUUCUUUAUUGUUGAAAUCAAAGCGAAGACUACCGACAUGGCAAAAGCUGUCAAACAGCUCGAGGAAUACAUGCAGGACGCAGCAGAGCGCAAUACAACGACUGACGUAUUCUAUGGUCUCGCCGCGGCUGGAUUCGAGUGGCAAGUUUUUGAAUGCAAGAGGCGGGGUUAUGGAGUUACACGAGUUUUUGGGGAUGAUGAUUGCUUCUCAGAGGCAUCUUCAUUACAGUUUCUCCAACUUGUGGAAGCGGUAGACAGUGCGAUUGACAUAAACGCGUUCACGUCAUCUGGAAGUGCUCCACGAAGGUUUGUCCUAGCAUCUCCCUUCAUACAUAUGAGAACAUGCCACCUAGAAACAACUCUGUAUCACAUCAGAGGUGAUAAUCUAGAGGGGAGGCUCCUCAGAGCACAGGCUGGCGCUGGGAGUUCUUCUGAUGGUUCACAACAGGAUCGCUCUGAUGAUUCGUUCGGCUCAUCUGAUAUCCAUGUCUAAUUCCCCUACACCAGCGGGGCCCCAACGCUGAGGAGAGGCCCGCUUUGUCAACUUUCUGGAAAUAUGAGGGCUACGAUCAUGGCCAAGUCCGAAAUCGAACGAAGAUACAACAUGUACAACAUUCGGAAUCGUGUCAGCUGGCAGUAAAGCUAUCCCCUCUUUUUUUGGUGGACCCGCCCGUAACUUUUGCUGGGUAGGUUUAGUUUGUGUGUGGGAGGGGGCGUUACCCUCCGGGGGAUGUGGUUGUACUUGUUUCUUAUAGGCCUGUCAAUGUUAAGUGUCGUUUCCUGAAACUCCGCCGCGGACAUGUGAUACGAUCCUGCCAGCACG